CAAUCAAAUGCAUCAUUGAAGCAGGACCAGGCCCAACGGCGUGGCCUGCCUGUAGCCGCCGGGGGAGUCUUGUCGACGAGGCUGCUCUUAGAAGAUCUGGGCUUGAUAUGCAUUUCCAAAGCGGAAGACAAGGCGCUACGAGAAUCGGGGAUCUAUGCGUCUAAAUAUAAUGACCUGCAGGUUCAACCUGCGGCCCAGCAAACACGGCGUUUGCUUCCAUGUCGAUGCUUCAUCUGUGGCAUUGACUUAACACGGCCUCCUCUCUCUAUCCCCGGACGGGAAUCCUUCAAUCAUAUUCUCCUCCAUGCUAUCACGAUGCCAAACGCCACCGUCGACUUGGUGGUGGUGGGAUACGUCAGCGACCCUCACGGCCGGGGCACCAUCUCGCUUCUUCUUUCCUCCAUCCUAACACUCAUACUUUGCGUUUGGUCGGCCCUACACUUCAAUGUCCCACCCUCAAACCAGACCGCAACCAGAGAUGCGCUCCUCAGCGCUAGAUGGGUCAUUGCGGGCAUCUACGCCCCAGAGCUCGUCGUCUUCGCCGCCUGGAGGCAGUGGUCGUCCGCAAGACUACUUCAGGCUCUAGUAGUGGAAGCCAAGGCAACCCGAGCUGGCUCAGCAGGACCCGAAUGGACCAUGACACACAGCUUUUUCGCAUGCACCGGGGGGUUUGCCUUCGAAUUCCCUGGGCUUGAGGCGCUGUCGACAUCCCGAGAAGAGCAAGAGAGCCAAGCUCCAAGACGGCUCACCCUCACAGCUCGCGGCAUGGCUCUCCUCGCGCGCUGCGGCCAUAUCCCAGACGUCAGCCGCGCUGAGAUAGAGGAUAAGAGCAAGGCAAACGAUCUCGCAAAAGCGAUGGUGAUUCUGCAAGCAACAUGGAUGCUGGUACAGGUGCUUGGGAGACUCGCCGCAGGCUUGCCCGUGACCUUGGUCGAAGUGAAUACUGUUGCCCAUGUGCUGUGCGCAUUCGCAAUGUACCUGUUCUGGUGGCAUAAGCCCUUGCUGCCGCGAGAGCCCCUGAUCAUCCGCGACCAAAGCCUCCUACCGCUCGCUGCAUUUAUGUACUCCAGCAGCGAGAUGAGCGGCUACGUCGACCCCAACAAGGUGCAGUCGCAAACAAUCAUCAAGACCCUCUUCGCUCAUCUCAGCCACUACUCGAAAACGCCAGAGUUGGAGACUUUACGCCUCCGCUCGGCGCAGCAGGCUUCGACCGCUCAAGACGACUCAGACGAUCCCAAAAAACCGGUGGUGACUGUAAAAGGUGAGGUCCGAGGAGAGAUCGAGCACGCGCCGGACUCUUGCCUUGCCCAAGUCCAGUGCCAGCGGGAGAAGGACAAAGGAACUGCUUUCUUCGAGAGACGCCCGCGAGUGGUUAGCUCGCCCCCAGAGGGCGCCCACCUAUCAUCCAACGAUAGCAGGAGAUGGGACUGUAUACUCCGUUCGUUGCAACACUACCCAUUCCUUCUCGAGGGGAGGGCCAGCCUGGUGCAUAGCCUCGGGGAUGGAAUACGCUGCACGCACCUCAAACCGGAGCAGCUCGUCGCUAGCCAUAUUGGCAACUGGCCAUCUGACGAUCUCCUCCGCAAUGUGGAUGGCCUCGUUGUGGGCAUGGUGCUAUGGCUCGCCAACCUUUGCUACGGCGGAAUCCACGCCGCCGCUUGGAACGACUAUUUCCCAAGCGAGGUCGAGAAGUGGAUGUGGCGAUCCUCUGCGGCUUACAUCACAUUCUGCGGAGGACUUUGGGUCGUGCUGAACUUUCUGGUCGCGAGGUUCAGGCGACUGAACCAGUUUUGGGAGCACUGGAUGGAUGGCAAGAAGCCCCUCUGGCAGAGUCUCCUGCUAGGAGUCGUGGUUUUUAUCUGUGGAUUCAGCUUGGUUCUAGCCCGUGUCUUUAUCGUCAUCGAGGCCUUUAUCAGCAUCAGGCAGAUGCCAGAGUCUGCGUAUCGAACUCCGGAGUGGUCGGACAUGAUUCCACACUUUUGAGCGAUAAGUGCAAACAGGGCACAGAGCUUUGUGGGUGUGCGACAGGAUUCUUUUCAGUUUAGCGGAACAAUAAAUGGCUUCGUGUGGAUCAAUUUUGUGAAUAUGUCCGCGUCGAUACCAGCUUCCAUUACUGGCACGCUCCCAAGCCGGAU